ACGUGGUCACCGUCGUAGCCCGCGUCAGCCGAUACCCCAGCGAGACACCGGACGCUAAUCGUCAGAGAGAGUGCGAGAGAAGAAGGCGAAGAAGAGAGAUGGGCGUGGUGGUGAUAGACGGAUCAACGGUGCGGGACUUCGUGCAGGAUGAAGCGGCGUUCACGAAGAGCGUGGACGAGGCGUUCGUGAAGCUCGACGUCAACGGCGACGGGGUUCUGUCCCGGGCGGAGCUGCGUAAAGCCUUCGAGUCGCUGCGGCUGAUAGAGUCCCACUUCGGCAUCGAUGUUUCCACCACUCCCGAGGAGCUCACCUCCCUCUACAACUCCAUCUUCGACAAAUUCGACACCGACCACAGCGGCACCGUCGAUCACAAGGAGUUCCACGACGAGAUGCGGCUCAUUAUGCUCGCGCUCGCCGAUGGCCUCGGCAACUUCCCUAUCCAGAUGGCCAUCGAUGACUCCGACAGCCUCCUUCAGAAGGCUGUCGAUCUCGAGACCUCCAAAACCACCUCUUCUCCAUAGAUAUUAACGUCUCAACGCUUUCCCAGACACCGGUUUGUUUUGCAUUUCUGUUGUUGAAAACAGGGUAACCUCCUCCCCAAGUAAUUUGGGGAUUCCUCCUUUUUCUUUCGUUUGUUCGGAAUAUCUGCAGAUGUUGCUUCUCUUGCUGUUUUCUGUUGCUCCUGACUGUCGAUCAGGGUUAAUUAUUAAGUUUGUGGCUUGUUGUUGUUCUUCUUCUUAAA